AUGUUGGACCUGCCCAAACUCUACCUCCGUGCUGACGUCCCUGCCUAUGCCAAAGCUAAAUGCCAGAAUGGAGAUAAAACCUUCACGUCCACAAAUGCUGUGGAGUUCGAACUUUUCGGAGCAUUCGAUAGAAUGUACAAUGGCUCAAACUGCCAAUAUUAUAAAAAAGACGGCAGCAACACAUUCACGGUCGACGUUGAAAUCGGUUGGGGUGAACUGGGUAGCCAUGUUAUCAACAAUAAAGACGUUAAGACGAUCUCGUGUGCGUACGAUGAUCACGGAAGGGCUUUGUCUGCCACCGAAACCAUAGCAGAAUGGUUCCUCAACCCAAAAGAAAUGCAGACGUUGUUGGGAAUAGCAUCCAAGGCAGUGUUCGAUCUCCAAGUUGUGGACGUAUUGGGCCGCCCCGUUGGACCAGACCAUAUUUCCAUAGGUCGAAAGAUCCGCCUGAAGGCCACAGAUUCCAGCAAUGAACUUCAAGCUUUCCGUGCCCUAAGCUGUGAAGCCAAGAACGAAAACAGCACGUACGCCAUAUUGAGAGCUGGGUGUGGUGACGGACUAGUGUUCAACAAACGAGUGGGGUUUGAAACCACGGGAGCGGAAGUCCUUAGCCCGUACUUCGAGGCUUUCCGGCUACGGGGAUCUGCCAAUAUCCAGUUCCAGUGUACCUUCACAGCUUGCGAUGGUAGCUGCGACGGACAUCUCCACUACUCCAGUGCUUACAUUGCACUAUAUAUUGACGUUCUUACUGUCCUGGAUUUCUUUCCUCAGAUCAAAGACGACAAAGACUAA